CGCAGCAGCAGACGCGCGAUGGACAGCGAAACGCCGCCGCCGCCGCCGCCGCUGCCAGUGCUGCCCGUCGAGGAGCCUCCGCGCAUGGAUCCGCCUCAGGCGCCGGCCGUCGACGCAGAGAGCCCGCCGCCGCCACCGCCCGCCGACACGCCGCCACCGCUGCCUGUCCUGUCCCCAUCGCCGCCGACCUCCAACGGCGUCGGCAGCUCGCCGGACGUGGCGGGUCAUGUCUCGCGCAUGGAUGAUGGCAGCGCGUCGGCUGCUGCCAAUUACGACCCGUUGUCGUCGCUGCUGCCGUCGAAGCCGACGCAGAGCCCCGGUCAUGCGCCCAAGGUCGAUGCCAACCCGCCGACGAACGCGGCGCGCGGCUACAUGGGUCUCAUUGAGAACUACACCAUCAUCGACAAGGUCGGGUCGGGCACGUAUGGGGAAGUGUACAAGUGCCAGCACAAGAUCACCAAGGACAUUGUAGCGCUCAAGAAGCUGCGCCAAGAAGUCGAGAAGAAUGGGUUUCCGAUCACGUCGAUCCGCGAGAUGCGCAUCUUGAAGCAACUCAAGCACCCGAACAUUGUCGAGCUCAAGGAGAUCGUGUCCAAGCAAGAGGCGCCCAAGGACGGGAAGAAGCCGCCGCUGUACUUUGCCUUCGAGUACAUGGAGCACGACCUCUCGGGGCUCCUCAACCACGAGAAGGUGCCCCGCUUCACGCGCACACAGGUGCAGUGCUACAUGCGGCAGCUGCUCACGGGCGUCGCCUUCAUGCACGGCCACAAAAUUAUGCACCGCGACAUCAAGGCCUCGAACCUCCUCCUCAACAACGAGGGCAUGCUCAAGAUCGCCGACUUUGGCCUCUCGCGCUUCUGGAACGAAGUGAACGCCAAGGGCGGGCGGUACACGAACAAGGUCGUGACGCUGUGGUACCGCCCGCCCGAGCUGCUCAUGGGCUCGCAGUCGUACGACUACUCGAUCGACAUUUGGUCGGUCGGCUGCAUCUUCGCCGAGCUCCUCCUUGGGCGCGCGCCCAUGCAAGGCCGGAACGAGCUCGAGCAGCUGCAAUGCAUUUACGGCCUCGUGGGGGUGCCCACGAAGGACAACUGGCCCAACUACGACAAGCUCCCGAACGCCAACGUGUUUACCCCCGACGCCAAGCACGUACACCUGCUCUCCGAUCGCUUUAAAGAUCAUCCCCCGGCGACUGUCGACCUGCUCGCCAAGAUGCUGACGCUGGACCCAGCCAAGCGCAUCACAGCGCUCGACGCGCUGGACCACGACUACUUUUGGAAGGUGCCGACCUGCAAGCCCCGCGAGCUGCCCAAGUUUGUCGUCGCCUCGACGCACGAAUACCAGAGCAAGAAGCGCCAGCAGGAGGAAGCCAAGUACGACGCGCCGUCCAAGCGCCACCACGGAGCGAUGGCAACGGGCCGGUCGUCGUACGCGCAGCCCCCCGCGUCCCGGCGCCUGCACCAACCGCCGCCGCACGACCGUAGUACGUACGCGCGGUCGCACCACGGGCGCCGCCGGUCCAACUCGCGCGAGCGCUAGCCCAAGGAUGCGAGUAAAUAUAUAAUAAAUCAUCUUUCUCGU